AUGCGUCCCGUGUCAAACAGGGAGACUGAACAGGCUAUUAUCGCUAUGAAAAAAGGGAGUCGGCUAGAUCUGAUUCUCGAAGCUUUGCCUGACAUGGUUUCGCCAUUCCUGCCGACGCAGGACGAGUGCGACCUCGUAUACAUUUCCGGCGACCGCGAGAAAACUUUUCCUCUGGCCAACGUCAGUCAGAUUCUCUGGGGCCAGCGAACGGGCAGUUUCGCCCGGUCGUCCAGAAGCGACAAGGACAACCAAUCCUUCUCCCUCAUCUUCAGCGAGGGCGAACGACCACUCGACGUGGUAUGGAAGGACACGGAGGAGGCAGAGAUGUGGUACACGGGUUUGCGUGUUCUGGUGGAGAGGAACCGACGACCCAAAUCAGAGCGGCUAGGGUUGAGCCACCGGCGAUCUACCUCCAUGUCCCUGGAUGAAGCAGGGGAGGCGUUUCUCUGGGGGGACGGCCGAAAGGGCAGGGGCCUUCUGGGGGAGGGCGGAUACGAGGACAUGCCUCAGUGGGUGCCCAGGCGCGUGGGGGGAGCUCUGGACGGGUUGUAUCUGGUGCAGGUGGCAUGUGGGCCGUGGCACGUGGCGGCUGUAGCGGCUACAGGCCAGCUGUUCACGUUUGGAGAUGGGACGUUUGGAGCGCUGGGGCAUGGGAACUGCGACAUUGUUUCAUCCCCCAAGGAGGUUGAGUCGCUGCGAGGCACGCGGGUGUCCCGCGUUGCCUGCGGCGUGUGGCACACAGCAGCAGUCGUGCAUGCUCCCAGCUCUGCAAGCUCAAGCACUGCAGCACCAAGCGAGGCUGCCACAACCGCCCCAGGAGUAACCAGUGAAGGCGAUUCCGCUGGAGCAGGAGCAGCAGUUGCAGCAGACGCAGCAGUAGCAGCAGUAGCAGCUGGAGUGGCAGGAGCGGGAGCAGGGGGAGCAGGGGGAGCUGGGGCCAGCAUGGCAGGGGGUGUGACAGCAGGCGUAGUAGCAGGGGCGUUUGAAGGCGGGAGGCUGUACACGUGGGGUGAUGGGGAUAGGUACAAGCUGGGGCAUGGCGACAAGCAGCAGCAGCUGCUGCCCAAGGCAGUAGACACUCUCAGCCAAGUUGACAUCUCCCAGGUGGCAUGCGGGCAGGAUAUCACAGUGGCGCUCACACCAUCAGGCCAUGUGUACGCCAUGGGGUCAGCAGCGCAUGGGCAGCUGGGGAACCCACAAGCAGACGGCCACAGCCCAGCCCUUGUGACCGGACCCCCAUUAUUUAAACAAAUCGAGCAGAUAGCAUGCGGCACGCACCACAUAGCAGCCCUCACAGCAGCUUCAGACCUCUUCACAUGGGGCCAGGGCAAUCACGGGCAGCUGGGGCAUGGGGACGUGCGGGACAGAGAGGUCCCCACGAGGGUUGAAGCCAUCAAAGACCAACGUGUGCUGUCGGUGAGUCAUUGA